AUGCAGCACAUGAAGAAGCUGUGCGCAUCGGCGGCUCUGCUGUUCGCCGCGGCGAGUGCGGCGAGCGUCCACGCCAGGCAGAAUGUGACUGAAGAGAGAGUGACUGCCAAUAAUCUAUGCUACCCAGCAACAACUACUCUCUGGAGCACGACGACCUCAAUAAGCACUUGCUAUCUGACGGAGACAGAGACUGAAACUAUAACUUCUACGACAACUUGCUAUGAGACCGAGACCGAAACGGAAACUACAACUCAGACUACUACGACAACUGAGCAUGAUACUACCACUGUUUAUGUGACCAAGGAUGUCAUCACGACCGUCACUACAACUACUACUGACGAGGAGACUUUGAUUUCUACUGAAUAUAAGACACAAACUGCCACCACAAUCUUGACUACGUCGUAUCCCUAUUAUGUCACGGUAUGCGCAGGGCAAGUCACAUCGUAUCUUCUAGCCCGCCAAUAUGAGCCAAGUACGACAACAGUCGACACCACAAUUACUAUCACUUCCUGUCCGCCAAUUGUCACCGACUGUCCGGCGAACAGCGCAUCGACAUCUGCAAUCCCAACCUCGGGCUUCACAUGUGUGGUUUCAACUGUUUGGAGUACAGUGACUGAAACUUCGACAACCACCUUUACUCAGCCUGUAACAACGACGGCGACAACAACGGCGACGACGACAGAUACAACGACAGAUACGGUUACAACCACGACCAUUUACACUACAUUGGUGCCAACCACCACCACCGAGACCGUGACUUCAACGACUGUUUCGCCAACAACGUUGAUUGUUGAUCGCACAACCACAGAGGUAUCGUACGUGACCUCGACGUACGUCACCGUGUCGACUUACAUCACGAGCGUACCCACCACAAUAACUGAUACCAUUACGACCACAACAACUGCUAUCUCUAUCUCCGCGACGACAGAAAUAUCAGUCUCACCGACCACGGAGAUCUCAAUUUCGGCAACUACAACGACGGAGGAGGAGACUUCUUACAUAACUCUUGUAUCGACUACUACAUAUGUCACUGUUUCGAUCACGUCCAUCACCGACUCCGUAUUUAGCACCAGUACUUUCACCACGACAGAGCUGGUCACGACUACGCAACCAGCUGUGACGGUCACGACGCAGCUUCCGGGUACUACAAUUGUGACCACCGCUGUUAUCACGAGCGUUUCGGUUUGCCCAGUGCCUACCAACACGGCUCCCGUCGCUCCCUACGUAGUCGGCUCGGAUUUGACCUGGGGAUGUCGGCCUGGCACCGUAUGCAGCCCUGUUAAGCGGAACGGCUGCAAUGUCUGGGCAGAUCUACCAGACAAGGAGUAUGUCUGCGAGCCAGGACGUUGCAUACCAUCACCUGCAUACGAGGCCAUUACGUGGCCCGAGAACGCUACUGGAUACUACUACCCGCCUGUAGAAGGCUACUUCUAUCUAGAUCCAGAGGCCUUUGGCUUGAGCUACGAUAUCUUCGAGGAAGACGUAAUCGCCACAACCACGUGCGAUGAGUAUGGUCGGACUAUAACUACAACAAUCACUACUGGCAACUGGGAAUCUCAAAAAUCGUUGACUGAGUACCCACGGACGACGUCCUCAAGUGCACCGGCGUACCCGACGUACCCAGCGCAACAGAAGCGCUCACCUGUUGCGCUACUCCACAAGUGGUCCAAGAGAGACGACACGAUCCCUUCGAUGUGCUACCCCUCUUGUAACAAUGUAGUGGUCGAAGCCCAAAAUCGAGGUAAAAGUACCACCCUGUGUGCUACUGGUUCGGCUUUCAGACUUUACGUGGAAACCUGUGAUCGGUGCAUCACAAACAAUAGUGGUAACCAGAAACAACUUGGCUCUGAGGCUUAUCUUAAUUCCAAGUAUUCCCAGUAUCUCAACUACUGCGAUUCACAAACCGCCGGAGGCGGUUCGUCCUCUACAUCAGCUCAAGGAGUUGGCUCUGGCUCAGCUGCCGUCUCGACAGCUCCUCAAUCAUCAGCCAACACAGAGACUUCUCUCAUCCCGAUCGCGACAAACACUACGUCAAGCUCCUCGACAUCUGCCAUAUCUACGAGCUCAGCAGAGAUCCCAUCGACGACCCGAUCUGGAAGCGCCGGCGGAAGUACUACUGCUCCAGUGACCUCUUCUGCUAAUGCAACGACCUCGACGAGAGGCACAACGACCACCAGUGCUCCGGCAACCGUUAUCACAGCUGGAGCAUCGCAUGUGUCGUUGUAUGCCAGCUCGAGCUCACUCAUCUUCACUCUCCUGGCACUUAUCUUUGCCAUCUAA